CCAGAUUAGAGAGACUUUGCAGUAUCAAGUUCUAACCCGAUAUCUGUACGACCGCUAAGCGCUUAAGACUUUUUAAUACUUUCAUAGGAUUUCACGGAAACCGCUUCGUGUCACGCGUCUCGAUCCGGCAGUGAUUUGUAAGAUAUUAAUUUUUAACUCAUUCGGACCAUUUUUAACGUGCACAAUUGAAAUCAUUACGUUUUCGAUUCGCUCAUAUCGUGUCGAGUGUUUUUAACUGUGAUAGACUGUGAUUUCCUCCAUCACCAUCAUCACCUCAACAAAUCUACAAUCUAACAGCUCCACAUGGGAUUGUUGGUCGGGUCCUAAGAAAUCGCCGUACGAACAACCACACCUCGAAAUUUUCGAGAUGGAGAGAAUGGAAUCGAUGAACGAUCCGACGCUCUGCCUGCAGGACCUGGUGACCGGUGUGACCACGUCUUCGGCGAACAAUUCGGAUAUGCACAACGUUCAUCAUCUGCACGAUUCCGUCAGUGCAUCCGUGUCGGUCAGUUCGGCCAUGUCCGGCAUCAUGUCCGGGUCUUCGUCGCUGAAUCACCACGUCACCUCGCACGAGCCGUCGCAUCACCACGGCGUCGUGCCGCACACGCCGUCUCUUCACCACGAACCUUUGGAGAAACUUAAACUUUGGGCGGAGACCGGAGAUUUCCGUGAUGCACACUCCGGAAUGUCCGGAUCCACUACCAUGGAACACCCUCAAUUGCCUUUUCCAACAGCAGCUAGAUCGAGAACCAGAGAUCGCAAAGCGAGUAGGUCGUUAACGGAUCCCAUCAAAACUGAAUCUGGAGUAGGGGUCGACGCAUCCGAAGGUGAUGAUGGGAAAAACGAUAAGAAAACAAAGCGGCAAAGGCGACAAAGGACGCAUUUUACUAGUCAACAACUGCAGGAAUUAGAAGCCACUUUUGCGAGAAAUCGGUAUCCUGAUAUGAGCACCAGGGAAGAAAUUGCCAUGUGGACGAAUUUAACUGAAGCUAGAGUUAGGGUGUGGUUUAAAAACCGCAGAGCAAAGUGGAGGAAACGCGAAAGAAACGCGAUGAACGCGAUGAACGCAGCUGCCGAAUUCAAAACCGGCUUCGGCACUCAAUUUAACGGACUGAUGCCCACAAUCGCUGACGACAGCUUCUACUCGUCUUAUACAUACAACAACUGGGCUACCAAAGUUCCUAGUCCUUUAGGCGGAAAGCCCUUCUGGCCCGUGGUGCCUUCAAACCACCACCAAAGCCCAGUUAAUUGUUUUAAUACGGCUACUUCAGUAGCGUCAAUGACCGGAGCUGCAUCUUCAAUGCUUCCGGGCGGCAUGGGUUCCGGCUUGACUAGUACUUCCAAUGUUUCCGGGCAACCUUGCCCAUACACUACCCCCACGAAUCCGUAUACAAUGUAUCAUCACAGGGCUGCUACAGAACCGUGCACUGCCAUGUCGUCAAGUAUAGCUCAGUUAAGAUUAAAGGCUAAGCAACACCAACCGUUUGUAGGAUAUUCGAGUGUAAGCCCAGUGCGGUCGGGGUCAGCUGGGCUCUCGGCUUGCCAAUACGCAAGCAGCGGCAUAGGGGUUGGAGAGAGACCUGGCUGAGAACACGAGGCCCCCCUUGGGGUUCAACUGAAGCACGAAGACCAAGACGAUUAAAAAAUCUGGUAUAUUUUUCUAGCGGUUCUUAGCCAUUCGCCGUUCAAUCAAUCACUAGUGAUACAAAUAGAAAUUAUACAAGUUGCUAUUGUUUAAAAUCAUUACGAUCAUCACAAAUAUUUUCCUGCGAGUGUGAUAUGAUUAUGAUCAAACAAACAGUUAAAUAUGUAGCAAUAUUUGGUCUGAGUGUGGGCUGUUACAGUUCGUUAUGUAAAUAAAAUAAGUAGUUUGAUCGAUGUCUAUUGUAAAGUAGUCGAAAGACAUCAUUAAGUUAAAAUACCAAACAUUUUAUACUGUCAAUUUUAAUUCUUCCUCAAGGUAUAAGAAGAUGUGUAAAUAAAUUUAAUAAACUCUCAGUGGAAAUCUUCUUAUGCCCUU